UGCCUCCAGCCCUGCCUGCAGGUUCCCUCCCCGCUCUGUCCGCUCUGCCGCGUGCCCUUCGACCCCAAGAAGGUGGAAAAGGCUUCCAGCCUGGAGAAGCAGCUCUCGUCCUACAAAGCCCCCUGCAGAGGCUGCAGCAAGAAGGUGACCUUGGCCAAGAUGCGCUCCCACGUCUCGUCCUGCGCGAAGGUGCAGGAGCAGAUGGCCAACUGCCCCAAGUUCGUCCCCGUCGUCCCCACCUCCCAGCCCAUCCCCAGCAAUAUUCCCAAUCGCUCGACGUUCGUCUGCCCGUACUGCGGGGCCCGGAACCUGGACCAGCAGGAGCUGGUGAAGCACUGCAUGGAAAACCACCGCAACGACCCCAACAAAGUGGUGUGCCCAGUCUGCUCAGCCAUGCCCUGGGGGGACCCCAGCUACAAAAGCGCCAACUUCCUCCAGCACCUCCUGCACAGGCACAAGUUCUCCUACGACACCUUCGUGGACUAUAACAUCGAUGAGGAGGCAGCACUGCAGGCUGCCCUGGCAUUGUCUCUCUCUGAGAACUGA